AUGUUGGUGAAGGUGCAAGGAUCCGUGAACCCGAGGGACACCUCAGUGCGUUUCCAAGGAAUUGAUGACAUUGAUCUUAAUGACUCAUGGAGUACUUAUCAACCAACCAAUGAAGCCGAAGCAAAGAAAUAUGCCACUUUCCACGCAAUCAAUAAUGCCAAUACCAUAUCCACAAUUCUGAAAGUACAAGAGUUCAUGGACAAAAUGGCCGAUAUGAUCCGCAAGGCUCAAUCCACUCAUGGUGGUGAAGUUGAUCGGACUCACGUCUCUAAUAAUGCCAACAAGACGGCCCCAUAUCGUGAGACACAUAGGUAUGGGUCUGUAAGUGAGACACCUAUGCAUCCUUCACGAACCCGACUCCAUCCAUAUAUGAUGCCUAUGAGGGAUUCUGCAGCAACACCUAUUCACGAUGGAAUGAGGACACGUAUGUGUGACAAAGCAUGGAAUCCAUACGCACCCAUGAGUCCUUCCAGCCCUCGUUCAAGAGCAUAUGAAGCACCAACUCUUGGUUCAAGAUGGGCCAAUAGUCCUUCUGGUGGAAGUUACAGUGAAGCUGGCACACCAAGGGAUAAUAGGGAUAGGGAUACUACCCCUGCCUCCUAUGGUAAUGCUCCAAGGACUUACUUGCCAUCAACACCUGGUGAACAGCCACCCAUGACACCAAGCUUAACAUAUUUACCUGGUACACCAGGCGGCCAACCAAUGACUCCUGGUGUUGGUGGCUUGGAUAUGAUGUCACGUGUAGUAGGUGGGGAUAAUGAUGGACCAUGGUUCCUGCCAGACAUAUUGGUGAAUGUACGCCGAUCAGGUGAAGAUGCUAUUGUUGGUGUCAUCCGAGAAGUACUUCUGGAUGGGGCAUGUCGAGUAGUUGUUGGUGGGGAUGUCAUCACUGCCAACCCGAACGAGAUAGAGGUGGUAGUGCCAAGGAAGUCAGGAAAAAUAAAGAUAAUGGGUGGACCCCAACAUGAGGCUACAUGGAAGCUCAUUGGUGUGGAUGGCACAGAUGGAAUCGUUAAAGUGGAUGACAAUCUUGAUGUUAAAAUACUAGAUAUGGUCGUUCUAGCCAAGUUAGCACCGUAA